AGCCAUUUUUAAUUAUUGUUUAUUUGAAUACAUCACAGUCCAGCAUAUGAAUAUGAAACACAGUCAUUUGCAAAGUACAUGGGACAUGGGAGAAGCAGCUGUCGAUUGUGUGGAUGUGAUGUCAGAGAUAAACUGCCCACCAGAAGCCUUCAGGCUAUUCACCUACCCAAUAAAGACCAGCAGACACUUACAAUUACUCUGUGUGUGAGUGUGUGUGUGUGUGUGUGUGUGUGUGUGUGUGUGUGUGUGUGUGUGUGUGUGUGCGUGUGUGUCUGUGUCUGUGUCUGUGUGUCUGUCUGUCUGUCUGUCUACAGGGACUUUCAAAUUGAAAAUAGUGACCCUCCCACACGGAACAGAACAUAUAGAGACCAACAAGUGACUACUAACGAUCCUCUGGCAUAUUGCACACCUGCCCUGGACACACACACUUCUACACAUACAGUACACCAUGCAACUGAAGGACCUCCAUGUGUUUUGUGUUUUGGAGAGAAAGAGUCAGUGAUGGUUAAAUGCCAUGACCAUGAAAGAUGUCUUAAGGAGAGGUCACAUGUUUACUGACUAUAGCUGCUGAAUAGGGAGGAAAUUGAUGUUGACAAUGUGGUCCUUCCAUGGUUUCUGGCCUCUGUGGAUGUGUUGAUUUGACAACUAAAGGACCAUCUUAUCUCUGUUUGCCUACCUGUAAACUCAAUGGCACACUGCCAUGUGCCGUGUAGUCAUUUCAGAUGGACAUGGCAUCCAUGCUGGACUGAUAACCUGCCCCCUCCCUUGUAAAGCCCAGAAAUAGAGAAUAGAAUUACCAUUAUCACUGUGGCCACAGGCCUACACUGAACCCCAGAUCACCCAGACCCGUCAAACCGGAUCUGCUCUCUGCCUAGAAGCAAGGGGACUAAUGUUCAGAUGAGUACUGGGCCUGUUUUAACAUAAGAUUUACAAUAGGCUCCAUCAUAGAAAUUCAUGGCUAUAUUUGCAAGACUUUCACUUGGGACCAAACUAAGUGAUGGUGGUCUUUAAUAGGAAUGAAGCGUGGUACUUGAUGUUUUCUCAAGUACAACCAAUUGUAAUGCAUGAGGUGUGUGUGUGUGUGUGUGUGUGUGUGUGUGUGUGUGUACGUGUGUGAAGUGACGAGGCUCAGAGAUGGCUGUGUGGAACCUCAUGGAUACGGUGAUGAAGGGCAGGGGCUCCCCUCGCCUGGUCCUCGUGGUCGUGUUUGUCGCUCUGUUACUGGAUAACAUGCUGUUCACUGUAGUGGUUCCCAUCAUCCCUACGUUCCUGUAUGCCCUAGAUCAUGAGAGCAACGUUUCCUCCUACUCCACCCUGCUUCCACCCAGCUCUGGCCAGCCAACAUCCUCCAUCCUAUCUCUCUAUGACAACACAACCUACCCCAUCACGGUGACCCAUGAUACCCUAACCGACCCUUCCACAGCCCCGCCCCCUGACACCGCCAGUGGGAGCGCCACCAGCUCAGCCGACUGUACGAACGACACCAAAUUCUUGGAAGAGGAGAAUGUGAGAGUUGGACUUCUGUUUGCAUCUAAAGCUCUGGUGCAGCUUCUAGUCAAUCCGUUUGUGGGUCCGCUGACCAACAGGAUUGGAUACCAUAUACCGAUGUUUGUGGGGUUUGUCAUCAUGUUCGUCUCUACAAUCAUGUUUGCUUUCUCAGGAACAUACGCUUUGCUCUUUUUCGCUCGCUCGCUUCAGGGCAUCGGCUCUGCCUUCUCCUCUGUCGCAGGUCUAGGCAUGCUGGCCAGCGUUUACACUGACAAUGAUGAAAGGGGAAUUGCUAUGGGAGUAGCCCUGGGUGGGCUUGCCAUGGGUGUUCUGAUUGGCGCUCCCUUUGGCAGUGUGAUGUAUGAGUUUGUGGGUAAAACGUCUCCGUUUCUCACCCUCGCUUUCCUGGCUCUGUUUGAUGGAGCACUCCAGCUUGUCAUUCUGCAGCCCUUGACAACAUCCCCAGGGCGUGUGGAGGGCACACCUCUUCUAACUCUGAUGAAGGAUCCCUAUAUACUCAUCAGUGCAGGGUGUUUGUGCUUUGGCAACAUGGGGGUGGCCAUGUUGGAGCCCACGCUCCCUAUAUGGAUGAUGCAGACCAUGUGUUCUCCAAAAUGGCAGCUGGGUGUGGCUUUUCUACCCGCCAGCGUGUCGUACCUGAUUGGCACCAACCUGUUCGGCCUGCUGGCUAACAAAAUGGGCAGGUGGCUCUGUUCCAUGGUUGGCAUGGUCAUUGUUGGCAUCAGCCUUCUCUGUGUUCCCCUUGCCAAAAACAUUUAUGGCCUCAUUGGCCCAAAUGGAGGACUGGGAUUCGCUAUUGGAAUGGUUGAUUCAUCCAUGAUGGCAAUAAUGGGUUACUUGGUAGAUAUCAGACAUGUCUCAGUUUAUGGAAGUGUGUAUGCUAUAGCGGACGUGGCACUUUGUACAGGCUUCGCUAUAGGGCCAUCUACAGGGGGCGCUAUAGUGAGAGCAAUUGGCUUCCCAUAUCUUAUGGUCCUCAUCGGCAUUAUCAACAUUGUUUAUGCACCUCUCUGUUUCUUCCUCAAGAACCCUGCUGUUCGGGAGGAGAAGAUGGCCAUUAUAAACCAGGAAUGUCUUAUGCACAUGAAGAGCUACAAUACUGAGCGUCAGUGCAGAGAAUUCCCUCUGAGUGACGACAGUGAAGGAGACAUAGAAGAGUAAUGCGCGCGCACACGCACACACAAACAUACACAAACACACUCACACCCCUUUCCUAAAUGUCUGUAAAUCAAAGGGUAGUUUUUACACUGGACCCAUUUUUUUAUGUUCAGUAUUCGUAGUGUUCAUGUUUUUUACUUUACUGUACAAUUAUCAUACUGUGGUGCACCAUGACUGAAAUAAACAUACUGGC